UUGAACCCAACGUCUCUUCAAUUCUCUCUGUUUCGGUUUCAAUUUUCUCUUCUCUUGAAAGAUUACAUGGCGGAUGCUGAUGUGUUGAAGGCCAAGAAAAAAGCAUUCUUGAGGAGAAAAGAAUGCAUAAAGAGGAAGACUAUGGAAUUGUCAACUUUAUGUGAUGUGAAAGCCUGCGCAGUGAUUUUAGGCCCCGAUGGACAGAUUGAUUCUUGGCCGGAGAAUCGUAGUGAAGUGCAGGAGGUGAUCAAUUUGUACCAAAACGGGUCUCGUAAUAAAAAGCGGAAGCAACAAUAUGAUGAUAGGGGUUGUAACAAGAAGAAGGUUUUGGGUGGUGAUGAAGGGACUUCGAAUCCGGAAGAAUUUCUGAAAAAGAUUGAUGCCAAAUUGGGUGAAGUCAAGAAACGGAUUCAGUUUCUCAGGUCCAAAGAACAAGAAAUCGAACCAGGCUGGCCUCAAAAAGAUUCACAAAAUUUGGGCUCACAUUCUAAUGUUGGAAUGCUGGAUUUUGGAAAUCAGUUGCCUGUGGAUAUCGGUGGCUUUACUAGCAAUUUUCAUUCUACAAAUUUCGGACCAGGAACCAGCUUUCAGUCAUCACAGGCAGCCUUCUCUCAGCUUCAACAGCAGCUGCACAUGGAGCAGCCAUGGAACUGUAUUGAUUCUCCAUUCUCAUCGGAUUUGAAUACGGAGUGUACAUGCGAGACGUGCACUGCGAAGAGCAAUCUCCGCGCUACGUUUGAGAUAUGUGGUCUUCGCGAUGCUUGCUCUCCGUGCAACACGAAUUUAAAGUAA